AUUGUCUCAUUUAUCAUAUUCUCUGUUUCAAACGGUCGAAUUACCUCUCCAUCUCUCGAUUUCAAAUCUUCAAUUUCUUGCAUUUCUCAUACACAAACUUUGUUUCUCAACUAUCAGAUCGUGUUCUCUGACUCUUUCGCUUACUUCUCCACUACAAAUUCACCAAUCACUUGACCUUGUUUGCGAAUCCGCACAAAUUCAGAAUGUCUACACCCUUAAACGAUCCACUUCUGCAAGUGGAAACUACAUGUGGAUCCCUUCUUUAUGAACUUCAGAUAAUAUGGAAUGAAGUUGGUGAGUCGGAUGUUGAAAGGGACAAAAUGCUGUUAGAACUUGAACGCGAAUGUCUUGAAGUAUACAGAAGAAAGGUAGAUUUGGCUAACAGAAGCAGAGCUCAACUAAGACAAGCAAUUGCUGAUUCUGAAGCAGAAUUAGCAACCAUAUGUUCUGCCAUGGGGGAACGACCUGUUCACAUUAGACAGUCUGAUCAGAAUUCUGGGAGCCUAAAGGCAGAACUCAGAGCCAUUAUUCCUGAACUAGAGGAAAUGAAGAAGAGAAAAUGCGAGAGGAGGAAUCAAUUUAUUGAAGUUUUAGAACAUAUACAGAAAAUAAAAAUGGAGAUUUAUGCAACUUCUUUCAAAACUGUAUUGGAUGAAAGUGAUUUAUCUUUAAGAAAGCUUGAAGAACUCCGUGCACAACUGCAAGCACUUGAGAAGGAGAAGAGUGAACGUAUUAAGCAAGUUCUAGACCACAUGAGCACUUUAAAUUCACUGUGUGUGGUGCUUGGGAUGGACUUUAACGAGACAAUUCAAGAAAUCCAUCCUGGUUUAUCAGAAUCAGAAGGAACAAAGAGCAUCAGUGAUGAUGUCAUCAGGAGGCUUGCAGUUGUUAUAGAAAGAUUGCAUGAGGUCAAAAUAGAAAGAAUGCAAAGAAUUCAAAAUCUUGCAAGCUCUCUGUUAGAGCUUUGGAAUUUGAUGGAUACACCAGUUGAAGAGCAGCAGGUGUUUCAAAGUGUUACAUGCAACAUAGCUGCUUCAGAACAGGAGAUAACUGAGCCCAACAUGCUGUCUAUCGAGUUCAUUAAUUUUGUUGAAGCUGAGGUGUCACGGCUUGAAGAAAUGAAGGCUGGCAAAAUGAAAGAGCUUGUUUACAAGAAAAGAUUAGAGUUGGAAGAUAUUUGCAGGAAGACACAUUUGCUUCCAGAAUCCGAUACUUCAAUGGAGAUUGCCCUUCAAGCUAUUGAAUCUGGAGCUAUUGGCCCUGAUAAUCUCCUUGAACAAAUUGAGGUUCAAAUUGGGCGAAUUAAAGAGGAAGCUUUUAGCAGGAAAGAAAUACUUGAAAAAGUUGAGAAAUGGAUGGCAGCUUGUGAAGAGGAGUGUUGGCUAGAGGAAUAUAACAGAGAUGAUAAUCGGUAUAAUGCUGGAAGAGGUGCUCAUCUUACACUAAAGCGUGCAGAAAAAGCUCGGGCCUUGGUUAAUAAACUUCCAGGAAUUGUGGAAGCAUUAGCUGUGAAAACAAUAGCAUGGGAGAACGAGAGAGGAACCGAGUUCACUUAUGAUGGAAUCCGACUUCUUUCCAUGCUUGAAGAAUACAAGAUUUUAAGGCAAGAAAAAGAGGAGGAACGAAAACGACAAAGGGACCAGAAGAAACUCCAAGAACAGUUGAUAGCAGAACAGGAAGUGAUGUUUGGGUCAAAACCAAGUCCAAUGAAGCAAAGUGGGAAAAAGGGGCCUAGGAUGUCUUGUGGUGGGGCGAGUAACAGGAGAUUAUCAAUGGGAGGUGCUAUGCAUGCGCCUAGUAAAACAGAUUUUCAUUCCAUUAGAGCUACACCAAAUAAUAAUAAUAAUACACGUGUCACUAAAAAGAAUGAUCGUCACUUAAAUAGUAAGGAUGAUGGAUUUGGAGCCCUUUCAGCUGGGAGGAGAGGUUUGGACAUAGCUGGACUUCCUGCAAACAGAAAACAUUCACUUAGUGAAAUCGAACAACCACAAUCACUCUUUCGCAAACCCUUUUCUCCAAUUUCUUCAACAGAAUCAUCAAAAUCGUUAUUUGAAGAUUUCAACAGAAAACACGAAAUGUUGCAGAAAACGAUUCAAAUCAACAACACAACACCUUCAAAACCCACAGUAUCAUCAUUGAGUAUUCCAGAUGAUGAAAAUAGAACUCCAAAACACAACAUGAUUCCAAUGAUACCUUGCACACCAUCAACAGUGUCUGUUCCCAUGCAGACUUCAAUAAUGACACCAUGUCUGAAGGAGUUGCUGAUUCCUGAAGAGAUUAUUGAGUACUCUUUUGAGGAAAGGAGAGCUGGUUUUGUGCUUCCAAGAGCACAUUUGAAGACAGUUAUUACUGCUAUUUGAUGCUUUUUUUUUUUUU